AUGCAUGGCACAGGUGAGUGUAACUGUGACAAGUCUGUGGGAAAAGGAACAGGUGAAUUCACAAACUGCAAUAAUCCAAGUCAUGAUCAGAGUGCAGAUGCUUCUUUACAUCUUCUUCAAAAUCAAAGAAGCCACUUGGGAAAUGUAUGUUCUGAAUGUGGGAAAAGUUUUCUUAAGAAAUCACAUCUUCUUAAACAUCUUAAAAUUCAUACAGGAGAAAAGCUAUUGUCCUGUUCUAUAUGUGGGGAAUCUUUUAACCAUAAAACAAAUCUUGAUGUUCAUCAGAAAAUUCAUACAGGAGAAAAAGGAUUUUUAUGUUCUUACUGUGGGAAAUAUUUUACUCAGAAAUCACAUCUAAUUGUUCAUCUGAGAAUUCACACAGGAGAGAAAGCAUUUUCUUGUUCUGACUGUGGCAAAUGUUUUACUCAGAAAUCAAAUCUUAUUAAGCAUCAGAAAAUUCAUACAGGAGAAAAAGAAUUUUCAUGCUCUUACUGUGGGAAAUGUUUUAAUCAGAAAUCAAAUCUUAUUAAGCAUCAAAAAUUUCACACAGGUGAAAAGGGAUUUUUAUGUUCUGACUGUGGGAAAUGUUUUACUCAGAAAUCAGAUCUUAUUAGGCAUCAGAAAAUUCACACAGGAGAGAAAGAAUUUUUAUGUUCUGACUGUGGGAAAUAUUUUACUCAGAAAUCAGAUCUUAUUAGGCAUCAGAAAAUUCACAAAGGAGAGAAAGAAUUUUCAUGUUCUGACUGUGGGAAAUAUUUUACUCGGAAAUCAUAUCUUAUUGAUCAUCAGAAAAUUCACACAGGUGAGAAAGCAUUUUCUUGUUCUGACUGUGGGAAAUAUUUUACUCGGAAAUCACAUCUUAUUAGCCAUCACAAAACUCAUUUUACUCAGAAACGUUUAACCUCCUAAGUGCAGAGGGUGAUACGUAGUUGUCAGCCACACAAUACCAAGUGCUGAUGAUGACUGCAUGUUACCCCCUGGGGCGUGCAGUUUUGGAGAAGUUUGAGGCCCUUUCUGCACCUCAAGCGUUUGAGGUGACCCCAUGGUGGAUUUGAAUUAAAUCACUAGUCAUUAAUCGCAAAUUAAAUAAUGUUUUUCAUUUUUAGAAUAAUAACUUUUCAGAUUAUUUUUCCAGUUAUAUCAGACCAUUACUGAUUUGAUUAUAUAUCAUUAGAUAUGCAUAGAUAGAUCAUUGAAAUUAAAGGGACAGUCAUCACCAGAA